AUGACUGAUUUGCUUGAAUUUAUCCAAGUGCCCUGCUUGUCAGGAAACUAUCGUGACCCUCUAUCAGUUCCAGUGCCACCUUUCCAUGUGUGUUUGCUGGAAAAAAAAAAUACUCUUCUGCUUUUUGACAGGUCUACUAUUUAUGAAAAUCUUCUGAAUCUGGUGCCAACAAAUAUAUCAAGGAGAGGAAAUUCAAAUCCAUCUGAUCUGUCAGAAUGGGUGCCAUUGUUCAAAGUUCCUCCUAAUGAUUCAGCCAAUUUGGAAAUUGAAUUAAGCGGAUUCUGCACUGGGAUUCCUGCCAAUUUGAAUCUUUGGUUCUUCACAUCUGUUGUUGGAGCAAUUGAAGGAGUGCCACAACGAGAAAUACUUGGAGCUGAAGUAAAUUUCCAGAUGAAUUACUUUGAAUAUGACUGCUCUCGAAAUGAUGUUUGUUGGCCUGAGCUUGCUUACCCGUUGACAAGACAUUACCAGGGUGAAACAUACUCUCAGUCGAUUGCUCAGGCGAUGUUGCUGGUGUUCUUUUUCUUGGUGGCUGCGGUGUUAGGAGACCCCUGGAACAAUAUCCGUAAAGCUUGGCAUAAGACCACGUUUCGUUAGACUACUGUAGCAAGUCCAUGCACAAACAUUUCAUUGUAUUCUUUUUACUUACUGAAUAUGUUGCACAAGUUAUUGAUUAAUGAGAUGCAGGUGACUAGGAAGGGCAUUUACUUUAUUGAUUUGGAAUAAAACCUUUUAAUAUUUCUUUGUCACACCACACUGUAGAUUCUGAAAUGGUUCUGUUGCCUGUCCUUUAAAGAGAUCAUCUCUUUGGCAAAGACUGUUUUGGUGCGAGUCUUAGUUGUCAUCUGCCAAGAUUGAUUGAUGAAAAACAAACAUAUUCUUAAAUACUGGCAUUCUAUAAGUCUGUAUCUUUAAAUUAUGCCCAUGUGUCAGUUUUAAUGGUUUGUGCAUAUGACAUUUCAGUAACUACAUUAUAGUGCUAAUUCGUCAACAUUGGCCUGGAUUUUGGCAAUACUAAUGACUAGGAAAGUAUCAGCAUUCCUUAAAAAUUGACAGCAGCUUCUGGAAUCUGCACAGUUAGAAUUGACCUGAGAAAUCCAGAAGUUGUUGUUAAUGAUUCUGUGCUUUUCCAAUAGAUGCUGUUUUGAACUUUGUAGUCCCCACAGAUUGCAACUAAAUAGAAAUUUCUGAAUUGAACACUUGCACUUUUACAGUCUAGGUUGCACCUUGUUGAAUGAGGUGUUACUGGAUAUUUAAGAGCACUAACUACAUCAUUAUUAAAAUCUCUUGGUCCUCAUCUACUGAUUUUAUACUUAGUCAUUUGGUAGUAUAGCAGUAAGUUUACUGAACAAAGAUAUUUUGUUGAAGCUGUUUGUUUUCCACUCAUCAGGACUAUUGGGGUGGAAUGACUAAAUGAAUGACUCAACACCCAGAGUCCACUUCCAGUAUCAGAGUUUUUUGAUGUUACGCUGGUGGGAAGAAAACCUCUAGGGGUCCAGAAGCUUCUUCCCUGAACAAAAAGAAAGACAUAAAACUGUUAUACAUUUGCUUGCAGCCUGCCCUAGCAUUUACAAACCAAUUGCAAAUUGAUCAUGUUGUUGAUUGAUUACUUACUUACACAUCCAAUCAAGUCAAUCAUGUGACUGCUUGGUCAGUUGAUGGACACUUGUAGGUCUUCCCAGGAUCUGGAGAUGCUUGCUGGAUGUCCUUACCACCUGUCCUUGGGCUUUCACAAUGCAUCUUAUCCAUCCACGUUCCAAUCCUGCUGACUUCUGCAUCUGUCAUUCAAUCCUCCCAGCUAGCAGGGUGCCUAAAGGACCUUAACUAAUGAGUCGAGCUUUACUCUUCCAUCCCAUAUUAAAUAACAAACUUUGAAUUAGCUUGCUUCUAACUGUACUUCUCAAGGGUGUCCCUUAUCCAAACAGUUUGAGCAGUGGCAACAUUUUUGCUUCUUCUUAAGAUCCCAUUGUGUGAUUCUUGAGAUGCUUUAUAUCUUAUCUAGUUGCUGUGAGAACAAAAGUCGUGACUCUGAGUAAAUGAUUGCUUCAGCAAACAAUCUACUUUGUACAUUUUUAUGUCAACUGAAAACUACAAGCGGCCAUUUUGUGUUAACAAGAACCACAGGCUGCCUUAAUAAUUAUAAAGGGAAGGCAAGUUUAGAGUGUCAAUAAUAGGGUAAAAUUUUGUGUCUGGAGAGUACUGUAAAGUGGCUUUUAUAGACUUUCAGAAUGACAGUAGUCUCUAUAUUUAAAUUUAUUCCUCAUGGUUUUAUUUUGUUUUUGCCCUAACAAGGGCGGUUUGCAAGAAAUGGAAAAAGAGAAAACAUUUUAGCUGUAGGUGAGGAGAGUACUAGUAGAGACAUUGCUAUGGAGAAUGCACCAGUUAACGCCUAUCACAUAAAUGAGAAAAAUAGUAAAUGCAUUUCAGUACCCAUGUGAUGCUAGUUAUGUAAGCUGCAUAUCCCAAAGACUGGUGGAUCCCAUCACACAAACAUAUGCUUUCAACUAUUUGCAAAAAAAAGUGUACUGACUGUACCCAACCAGCCCUUCCUUGCAAAGCUCACAACUCAGUGAUUCUGCUCUUGGACAACAUUUGCUAAGUAAUCUUGUAUGUACAAAAAAUUAUGCUGAUGAUUGUUUUAGAAUUGUCAUAAUAUAUUCAAGGGGUGGCUAGAUAUAGCACUUGGGGAGAAUGGCAUCAAAGGUUAUGGGAAGAAAGCAGGAUUAGGCUAUUGAGUUGGACAAUCUUUCAUGGUCGUGAUGAAUGGCUGAGCAGGCUUGAAGGGCCGAAUAGCCGCCUCCUGCUCUUCUAUGUAUGUUUCUAUGUAUUCAGGUUUGCAGUGUGGUGUAUUUGCAUGUACUGGAAGUUGUAUUUGUGUACACAGUCCAUUUGUUUCAAGUUGACGGAAUAGAUGACAGCCAUUUCUCAGGGCAAUGUCUUAACCAAUUAGAACCAAUGUGGCUGUUUUAAAUUUAAAGCUUGGUAGAUAACUGUCAGUUAUCACUACCUGAUGCAUUCUCCCUGGCAACACCUCUCCCAAUUGGAGUCCACUUGACAACAAGUUGACAGUCUGCUCUCUUUCAAUAUCAAUGUUGUUUUCCCUUUGGCAUUUUCUAUGAAUUGUCCUGAUGAGUGCAAGACAAAAAGCUUUGACAAUUGUUUUUUUAAAAAGUAAUUUUAUAUUUGCAGAUUGUUGAAUUUCUCAAUUAAAAAAUUGGCAUUCUAAAUUUUAUGUUUUGGCUUCCUUAUUGCUAUAUGAAUGUUCCACUCAAUUAUUUUGUUUUGUAUAAUAAAGUGAAAAAUGAUGUAUAUUCAGUGCACUUGACUUGUUUGCUGUAUGAGAAUACUUAAUUAUUAGUGAUUGUUUACCCUGCUUGGUGAUUUCACUGCUGGAUACCUGAAGAUCCCCUAGACUUGGCGCCAGAUUGGAAUUGUUGUUGGAGAAGGAGAUAUCUGUGACACAGAUUGCUAGAUAUUUAUAGGUAGUUUUCUUGAAAGUUGGUGGUGAGUUGGUUGCUUUGCCAUUGAUAGCAAAAUCCAGGUCAAAACAUUUUUACAACUGUACAUAUUUAGGUGGGAGUUAUUUUAAAGUGGAAACAAAUAUGUGAAUCAGGAUUUCUGAAUAAAUUUUAUUUCUACUUCUGGG